AUGCGGAGUGUCCGUGGGGCAGGACGCCUGCUGCUUUGCCUGCUGCCGGCCAUCCUCAGGACCCAGGCUGGUGGGGAGGCGAAGCCCAGGCCUCCACCGUGCCAGCAGAGCCCCAUAAAGGUGUCCUGCAGGGCUGCUGGGCUGCACAGUUUUCCCAAGGACCUUCCCCAAGGAGUGAAGCACCUCGAUCUGUCCCACAACAUCCUUCAGAACCUGUCAGAGAGCCGCCUGCCUGCACUGGGGCAGCUCGAGCACCUGGACCUGCGCUCCAACCGCCUGGAGGCCAUCUCAGGGUCGGUGCUGGCCCAGCUGCCACGGCUGCACUCCCUGCUGCUGGGCUCCAACCGCCUGCACCAAAACCAUCAGGACAAUGCAGUGGCUUUCAGUGCACUGCAGGAUAUAGAGGUGCUGGACCUGUCGGCCAACGGCUUGGAGAGCCACAUGGUGAGGGGGUUCCUGAGUGGCCUCACUGCACUGCGGGUGCUGCACCUGCACGGAAACAGAUUGAGCCAGCUGCCAGCAGGCAUCUUCCAGGGCUCCCCGCGGCUGAGCGAGCUGGAUCUCAGCAACAACUACAUCAUGGACAUAGAGGAGGGAGCGUUUGAGGCAUUGCGGGAGCUGGUGGUGCUCAGCCUUGCCCUGAACUCCCUGCACUGCCUCUCCAGCUUCAGCCUGCGGCAGUUGCAAGUCCUGAACCUGAGCCACAACGCCCUGGAACUGUUUGGCUGGGAGGAGGGACGGGGUCCCUACCUGCUCCAGGUGCUCGACCUGAGCCACAAUCGACUGCUUUCCUUCCCACAGCUCCCAGCCGCGCACCGCCUCGUGCACCUCAACCUCUCCCACAACUCCAUCACUUCGCUGGACCCCAGCUCACACCACCCAGCCCAGUUUGCGCUGCGCUACGAGGAGAUGGUGAGCUUCAGCACCUCGCUGGCCACCGCAGCCAGCCUGGCCCGCCUGGCUGAGCUGGACCUCAGCUACAACUGCCUGCAGCUGCUUCCACUGCUGUUCUUCCGUGCCAUGCGCUCCCUGUUCACUCUCAGCGUGGCCAUGAACUGCCUCCAGAACAUCACCAUGGAGCUGCCGACCAGGGACGGGGAUGGGGACAGGAAUGGCACAGCUGUGUGGCAGGAGGACGCAGCGCUUUCCGUGCGCUCCAUGGACCUCCAUGGCAACGCCAUCCGCGCUCUGCCUCGUUGGUUCUUUGAUGCCCUGCCCCAGCUGGAAGCCAUCGACCUUGGCUCCAACAGCCUUCAGCCCUGCGGGAGUGACAUGGGGGAAAUAUCAGGAGGGGGCUCUCCAAGGGCAGAACCCUGCACCGCCUUUCACAGCAUCCCCCACCUGCAGCACCUCAGCCUUCGCAGGAACAGCCUCACCCAGCUGCUGCCCCACACCUUCAGCCAAACCCCAUUGCUCUCCUUGGACCUUUCUGAGAACCAGGGCCUGGCUGUGCCACGGGUGGCACUGGAGGGGCUGGAGCACUCCCUGCAGCAGCUCUGGCUGCGGGGGAACCACAUGGACAACAGCAGGGCUGAGAUCCCUUGCUUGGAUGAGCUCAGGGUGUUGGACCUCUCGGGCAACCGCCUAAGCCUUCUGCCCACGGGUUUGUUCUGCUCCCCACUGCAAAGCCUGGAUGUCAGCGAUAACCAGCUGCCAGCGCUGCCCAAGCAGGUACUGCUGGGGUGGACCCGCAGCCUGCAGGCAUUGUGCCUGGCAGGGAACCCCUUCCAUUGCUGCGAGCUGGGCUGGCUGGAUGCUCUGCAGGCAGCUGGCGUGCAACUGCCCGACCUGCACCGCGCACGCUGCAUCCACCACAGCGUCACAAACAGGACAGCACCACUCGGCAGCCACCCGCCGUGGCCGUGCCCACAGCCCUGGGAUGGCAGCCCAGCUCUGGUGCUGGCAGCCCUGCUGGGUGUCCUGCUGUGUGCAGGCUGCAGGGUGUGCUGGCUGCGGGGCCACAGGAUGGGCAUCCUGCUGCCACGGCCCCAGGCAGACAGAGUGGCCGAGGAGGAGCCAGCACACAGCGACACCAAAGUAUAG